AUGCUGCCUUUCUUCCUGGUCCUCUCAUGCCUAGGCCAAGUGAUCGCCCCAGGCAAGGACUUUGAAACACCACUUCUGCACAUCACAGUGCCACAGAAAAUCGAGAGCAACGUCGUGGAUGGCGAGGAGGGAGGAACACAUGUCACUUACCUGGUCAAAAUUGAGGGCAAAGCAUACACAUUCCAUCUUGAAAAACAGACAUUUUUACAUCCACUUUUUGUGACAUAUUACUAUAAUCAGCUUGAAACAUUGCGGCAGGAUUAUUCUUUAACAAAGAGCCAUUGCUUUUAUCAAGGACAUGCGGCCGAGAUUCCAGCAUCAGUUGUGACACUCAGCACUUGCUCAGGUCUCAGGGGCUUGCUGCAGUUAGAGAACAUCACUUAUGGAAUCGAGCCACUGGAAUCUUCAGCUACAUUUGAACACAUACUUUAUCAAAUAAAGAAUAAUAAAAUUGAUUAUUCCCCCUUUAAAGAAAACUUCUCAAGUUCCCAGGAUGAAAGUCAAUCCUUCCGAAUUCUUGUAAAACCAGAGAAAGUGUCAGAGGAGGAGUCACUAAUGAAGAGGACUUUAAGAGUAAGGAUCAUCAUGGACAAAGCCAUGUUUGACAGUAUGGGCUCUGAGGUGGGAGUCGUGACUCAGAAAACUGUUCACACCUUCGGUCUCAUCAACACGAUGUUCUCCCAGCUGAAGGUAACUGUGAUGUUAACCUCUCUGGAGAUCUGGUCUGACCAAAAUAAGAUUGAAACGAAUGGGGACAUUGACGAGGUCCUGCAAAGGUUUCUGCUGUGGAAGCGAAGACAAGCAGGUCCAACAGUCCCAGACAUAACAUACCUACUUCUGUAUAAAGAUCACCCUGACCAUGUGGGAGCAACCUAUCAUGGGAUGGCCUGCAAUCCGAAGUUUACGGCAGGAAUCGCUCUGCACCCAAAGACGUUGACUGUGGAGGCCUUUGCUGUUGUUCUGACACAACUGCUGGGAAUUAACCUGGGGUUAACAUAUGAUGAUAUCUACAAUUGCUUCUGUCCAGGAAGCACCUGCAUCAUGACCCCUACAGCAAUGUAA